UCAAACCUAUGCUCGAUAAGAAAGCACGCAAUUCGGAGUGAAAGUAAAUAAAGCAAGGGGACAACUUCGUGCUGUGAUCUUCCAGAAAUUGAUGACGUUCAUAAAAGUCGGCUACACGAUGAUGAUCAUCACGCUCAUAUUGAUGUUUUGGACGUCAAUCGUACGGAUGCAUGAAUUGCCAGUCCAGUAUCCACCCUGUUUCUUCAAUCCACUGUGCACUUGCUCGAAAGUCAUACCGGAUCUUGGUAUCGUCACUUGCUUCAAUGUGCCCAUGCCUCGUAUACCUCAUCCCAUCAAUGCUUCCAAGGUUUUCAUGCUCCAGCUUGAGAACAACGGACUGCGCUCGUUACAGCCACACUUUCUUAUGAAUACCGGUCUAUAUAAGCUGCAGAUCAAGUAUAAUCCCCUAUCGGAUAUACCGGACGAGGCGUUCCUAGGGCUUGAAAGAUCGUUGUGGGAGCUUGAACUACCCUACAACCGUCUUGUCCGAGUACCGAGCAAAUCAUUCAGACAUCUGCAGAAGCUGCGACUUCUCGAUCUAACAGGCAAUCACAUAUCUCACAUAGCCGCGGAUAAUUGGCGAGGAUUGGAAAAUUCCUUGCAGACAUUACGCAUUGGCCGUAACUCUAUCGACAAACUGCCUGCCGAUGCAUUCGCUGGUCUAGCUUUCCUCGAGUAUCUCGAUUUACGGGAAAAUAGUCUCAAAGAAAUAGAUCCCUCCGUAUUUCGCGACGGCAUGGCCCAUUUGGCCCAUCUCUAUCUCAAUGAUAAUCAGCUCAAUGUUAUACCCUACACACAAUUGUCGUCCUUGAAGCGAAUGAAGGUGCUCGACUUGAGCUACAAUCGCAUCUCUAAAAUGAUACAUCCACAAUUGGAGGCGGAGAUAAAGGGCGUGCAUAUGUCAUUAGAUGUCUUAAGACUGGAUUAUAAUCAAAUUGAUUUAUUGAUACCCGGAUCAUUUCAACACUUUCAAAAAAUCAAUAGAACUUAUCUCAAUGGGAAUCCAAUUACGAUGAUCGAGCAAGGGACAUUUAAAGACUCAAGGAUUCGAGAACUUUACUUGACCGAUUGUGAUUUGUAUGAUAUCGAUUCGUCUGACUUUAUGGGAUUAGAAUCGUCUUUGGAGCUUUUGGAUCUUUCUGGCAAUAAUUUAACAUCGCUACCAAAUCACAUAUUCCAGCAAUAUGAUUAUCUGCGCACGCUGAUCUUUCGAGAAAAUCGGAUCCAAACUUUCAAUCCAAGUGAAGUAUUUAAUGGAUUUCAGUAUUCACUGUAUAAUCUUGAUCUUAGUGGAAAUAAAAAUGGCAUUAUAUCGCUUCAAGACUUACGCCAGAUGCGCAAUUUACGAUUUCUGUCAAUAUCGAAGAUGCCAGGGACAACAUUGUCGGCAGAAAACUUUUUAGAAUUUGGAAUGGACAUUAAGGAGCUUCAUGUUGUUCAAAGUAAUUUACAAACGAUCAAGAAUCAUGCCUUUAUGCACGUGCGUGGAAUAAAAUAUUUAGAUUUUUCGGAAAAUGCUAUUUCGACGAUCGAAGACAAUGCUUUUACAGAGGUGGGGAAUUCUUUAAUGACACUGAGAAUUGCACACGGACUUGCUCCAUCAACACGCGAAUUGCCAAGCAAAUCAUUCAAAUCAUUGACAAACUUACAGCAUCUGGAUUUGAGUAAUAAUAGGAUCCGUACGAUGCCGGAUACGUCAUUUCACUUUUUAAAAAGAAUAAAACGUAUCGAGCUGCAAGAUAACGAAAUAGAUUCUAUACAGAAAGGAACAUUUCAGGGAGAUAUUCAUUCAACGUUGGAGGACAUCAAUUUGGGAUAUAAUCGUAUCAACAAUUUAGCUACGCAUACGUUUGUUGAUUUACCAUCGCUUAGUACGAUAAUUCUCGAGGAUAACUUAAUUAAUAACAUAGAAAGGCGCGCUUUCAUGAACAUGAAUCGCUUAAAGUACAUUAAUCUACGGGGGAAUAAAAUAAGGGAUAUGCAGAACGAAGCUUUUCAGAAUCUACCAGAUUUAGAAUUUUUAGACUUGGGCUACAAUGAUCUAUUUGAAUUUGACUUUGGAUCCUUUGAUCAAGUCGGGACAUUAUCAUCGUUUAGAGUUAAUGCCAGUCACAAUGAAAUUCACAGAUUAACCGUUAAUAGCUCUUAUUCGGCAAACACUAUAGGUGGACUUAUUCAGUCAAAUAUAAAAGUAUUGGAUCUUAGUUACAAUAACAUAUCAGAAAUUAUGCGCUAUUACUUCAAACCCGUGGAGUACUCCCUAACUCAUUUAUACCUUUCGCACAACGAGCUCAACAACAUAACUCAGGGUGUAUUUGGCAAUAUGCCGCACUUACAGUGGCUUGAUCUUAGUCACAAUGAUCUGAUGGAAAUGGACUUUGACUGCUUCAAAGAAACGAAGAACCUCCAAGUGCUUAUAUUCUCUUACAACAAUCUCAUGGACAUACCGGCUGAGUCAUUCAAGCCAUUAAAGAAAUUGAGGAUCGUUGAUCUCUCGCACAAUAGGCUCCGGACGCUCGCGGAUAAUUUAUUCACCGAUGCAAAUAUUGAGCAUCUAGACUUAUCUCAUAAUCAAUUUAUGAGGCUUCCGAUCAAGACGAUGUCAAUAUCCGCAGCUGUCAGCUUAUCAAUUCUUAAUUUGUCGUGGAAUUUUCUUUCCGGAGUUCAUAAUACCGAUGCCAUUUUUAGACUGAGGGGUUUGACAUGUCUGGACUUAUCCUACAAUCGACUCGUUAGGUUGGAUGAUGGAGUUUUCUCGGACUUACCACACCUAUCAUACCUUGAUUUAAGUCACAACAAACAGCUUAUACUGGAACCUCGAGGAAGGACGUUUCAUGGCUUAGAGAAUGUAUUAUUGUUUCUUGGAUUAAGCAAUAUUUCAUUACUUUCGGUUCCAGAGCUCCCAUUCCAUCGACUACAAAGGCUUCAAUUAGCACACAACGAGCUGGCAUCAAUUCCAGCGGAGAUGGCAUCGAAUUUGUCGAGCCUUCACUUACUAGAUUUGAGCCACAACGAUUUGACCGUUGUUCCACUUAUUACUCAUGCUUUGCCGAACCUAAGGAUAUUCAACAUUGCCUAUAAUCCAAUCACGAUAAUCACAAACACGAGCUUUCUCGGUAUCGCUGAUACGCUCGAGCAGCUCGACAUUCGUGGUCUUCAUCUCUCCACAUUCGAGAACGGAGCUUUAUGUAAGGCAUCGAAACUUCGCAGACUUUUAUGCACCGUGUACACUGGAAUUAAACGCUUCAACUUCCCAAAUCUUUUGGCACAUAACCAUGGAUUGAGGCACUUAUUAAUUCACGUUCAAAAUGAAACUAAUUUAGAGAGAGAAAUGAAAGGCCAUUUCCCAGUGAAACUUUACAAUUUUACGUUCAGCGGUAGAGCCUUAAAGAACAUUCAUUCGGAAGUCUUGCGUGGCAUACGAAAUCCACAUUUGCACUUUGGACUUUAUAACACGAGCUUGAGUAACGUGCCAAGAGAUAUGUUUGCCUACGCGGAUCUUGUAAGGAAUGUAACAGUCGAAGUUCGAGACAGUGAGAUAAAAACUUUGCAAAAUCCAUCCAACACGUAUAAGCCAGCAGUAUCAGGAAAACGAUUUUUAUUACGAUUGCGCAUGCGCGGUAGUCAUGUUAACUGUGACUGCGAUAUCGGGUGGAUCGAGAUGUGGCAAAGGAAGCACAGGCAGUACGAAGAAGACCGCUGCAAUUCCCAUACGGAAUUGAACAAUUUCGAACGUGAGGAAGGAAGUGAGUACGAGUGCUGGGACAACGGAUGGGAUGAUGAUUUGCGCGAGAGCUUUUGCGCCAAUAAAAAUAAUAUGUCUGUUGCGGAGGCACUUAAGUCCGACCUCGAGUGUGGCUGGUCUUCGGCUAAUUUACUUCAACUGUCGAAAUUUCUCGUUUUCUCUCUCCUCUCGAUAAUUUUUGCAGCUAAUCGUUAGAGAUUCUUUCGAACGAAUUAUUAUCUCUGAACCAACCAAACCGAAUUCAAUAUUACUCUAUCAAACUAUUAAUUAU